AUGUCUCAAGCCCAGUCAUACCGUAAAAGAGUGUCUGUCGCUUGUGAUGUUUGCCGAAGGAAAAGAAUCAAGUGUGAUGGUGCCAAACCAUCCUGUGCUGGAUGCUUGGGCCAGGCUGAAAAGUGUGAGUAUCAGUAUGAUAAGGAGAAACGCAAGCCACCAACCAAGCAGCACAUACAAGCACUGCAGGCUCGUAUUGAAUUUCUGGAGUCACAAUUAGCCCAAUAUCAGCACAAAGAAGGGAAGACUCUUACUACCUCAACUCACCAAAUGUUAGACCGAGAUGAAACAUUUGGGAGUAAAGAACCUUCUGGCACUCAGCCUCGAUCCCUAGACCCGAUUGACGAUAUCACUGAUCUUCUUGGGGGCCUAAGCAUUGGGGAAGGCGAUCAGCUGCGAUACUUUGGAUCGCGGAGCAAUCUCAGCUUCGUGGAACGGCAGGGCACAAAACACACUACCUUUCGUCAAAAUUCACAUCAGCCAUUACAGCGUAUCGAUAUGAAUGCCCAAAUCCAGGAAGAACUCCUUGAUAUUUACUGGAAGUGGCAGAACCCUUGGCAGUACCUUGUUUAUCAAAAGAUGUUUCUCAGGGGUCUGGAAAACCAAAUAGACGAUGGAUACUGUACCCCGUUGCUUCUUUACUCCAUGAUGGCUUUGGCAGCGAGAUACUCUGACAAUCCUGAAGUCCGCACUGUUCCCAAUGAUCCGAGUACCGCAGGUGACGGUUUCUCCCACAAAGCCCGAGCUCUCUUAUUCGAAGAGAUCAAGGCUCCACGGGUUUCCACAGUAGUGGCCGCUGCACAUAUAUCUCUAUAUGAAAUGGCCAAAGACAAUGAACCAGCUGGUUGGAUCUACCUCGGAAUUGCUAUUCGGAUGGCGUAUAAUCUGGGACUACAUAUUGACCCACAUUUGUGGGUUUCUUCGGGAUUCAUGGCUUCUGAAGAUGCUGAGCUGCGGUCAAUCGCAUGGUGGGGUUGUUAUAUAAUUGAAAAAUUGUUUACUGUCGGCAUUGGUCGACCAAGUAUCAUUCAUGAGCGCGAUAUACAGGUCAAUUUCCCAUCCAAUCUAGCCGAUGUUGAAUAUGGCCAAUGGAACGGAGACUCGAUGCCCUCGAUAGACCGUUCACCUUUAUCCUACUCUAUCACUACUUUUCAUAAUACAUGUCGACUUUUACGCUUAGCAACACGUCCACUAGAUGACAUAUAUACCCCUGAACAAUUUGUUACCUCGGCCGAGAAGAAGAGUAUUAUGACAAAAACAAAUAUAGCGUUAACAUCUUUUUAUAACAACUUACCAAGUGUUCUUCGUCUGCCACCGACUUCGUCAAGGCCGUUGCCGCCGCAUAUGUAUUGUUUCCACAUGCACUUUUACACUUUGGUCAUCCUUCUCCAUCGACCAUUCAUCAUUAUACCCAGCAACGCCCGCCCUCCUCAGCGCUCCAUGAAUGGAGCUGUCUCUACUAGCCUGGAAACAUGCACAAAAGCCGCAGAAAAGGUAACAGUUCUGCUUAGGGCUUACGCUAAAUUCUUUACUUUGAGGAAAAUAUCGAUAUCCGUAGUCGACCCCGCCCGUACCGCCGCAUUCAUCCAUCUAUUCAACAGUACCUCCAAAGACCACCAGAUCCGGGAUAAAUCCAGACAGCUUUUUCUCGAAACGCUCCGAUAUCUAGAGCAAAUGAGCAUCGCCUGGGGCUGGGCAAAACGUUCAGUGAGGGCACUUGGCAUGAUUGCACGAAAAUGGAGGGUGCAUGAUAUUCUGAACAACCAGGACUCAUCGUCUGUCGAACCAUCUCUUGCACAUCAGGAUGAACACCAGGGCCGUGAUUCAGAGCUUGCAGGUGACUUUGAUUCAUGGCUACAGGGCCCAUUUGACUUACCCUCGGCAAUUCAGGUCAUAGACAAUAACAAUUCCUCGCUAGGAGAGGGCUUCAAUUUGGAGCAGGAAUUAUUUCAUCUUCAAGACUUUUUGUCUGUAGGUGAUGAUGCAUAUUCGUCAAGCUCCUUUUUGAACACCGAUUGGGAGCAUGAACUUGGUCUCUGA